GACCAACGGCGAGCCAUCCAGACUGACUGGCACAAGUGCCAACGGUGGGCACAGGUCGCUCCGCCAUUGCGGCGACUUCAACAUGAACGACGAGCCUGCUGCUUCCUUCCCGGACCCGCAGCCCAUGGUCCUCGCCAGCAUUGGGGGUGACCAGCACCAGCAGUCCUGCGGGAAGAACCUCUUCGCGUCGAUGACCGAGGUCUCGAGUGGCGAACCCACGCGCUUCGACGCUCAUGCGAUGAAGGAGACCAGGAUCGAUCGCGUCUUCGUCAGUCUUCCUGCCCAUGCUUACCCGAAUCUGUCCCUAACGCUGAAGGUUGCUAAGGAUCCCGCCGCACUCAGCGACCGCCGCCUCAGCGAUCAUGCGCUGCUGGACCUUGCGAUUGCGAUUGCUGUUCCCGACACCCAACCGACCCCCGCCUUCAUCUCCCAGGCCAGGCGGGCCCACUGGAUGAACCUAAAUUUGCGGAAGCUUCGCGACGUGCUCAUCUGCAACACAACCGCCUUCGCAAAGAGCAAGCGGUCGCAGCGGCACAACGCGCUUAGCAACAAG